CUCAUCGUUGUGACUGAAUCAGGUUUUUUUCUGCUACCGACUUUCGUUUUACUACCAGUGCAUCACAGCCCAACGCAGUCUUCUCCUUUUCUCUAUCCAGUUCAUAAAAGUACCUCCCUCUCAAAAUGUCACUCCUUCGUCACAUCUUCACCUGCACUUUCAUUUUCCUGGGCCUCGUACGCUCGCUGCCUUUGGAACUGGACAAGAGAGCAAUUUCGCAAGAUCUGCUCAAUCAGUUGUCGUUAUUCGAACAGUACUCGGCAGCGGCAUACUGUCCGGCGAAUAACUCGCCCGGUUCGACCGCAGCUAUAACCUGUGACGUUGGGAAUUGUCCGCUCGUCCAGAGUGCUGGCGCCCAGUCGAUUGUCGAGUUCAAAGAUGUCGGAUCCGGCGAUACCCAGGGAUACGUGGCGCUCGACCAUACCAACCGAUUAAUCGUCAUUGCCUUCCGUGGCAGCGUUUCGAUCGAGAAUUGGAUUUCCAACCUGGACGCCUUGAUGGAGCCUUCGGACAUAUGCUCUGGCUGCCAGGCACAUUCCGGCUUUCUGGAUUCGUGGAACAGUGCGAAAUCCAUCGUGCAAGGAGCUGUUGAUGGCGCGAGGCAGGCGAAUCCGUCUUACAGCAUCGUGUCCACCGGUCACAGCCUCGGCGGCGCUCUGGCCACACUUGCAGCCGCUGAUUUGAGAAAUUCCGGAUAUAACAUUGCAUUGUACACUUAUGGCUCUCCGAUGGUCGGUAACGUGGCAUUGGCGACGUUCAUCACGGGCCAGUCUGGAGGCAACUACCGCGUUACGCAUGCAAACGACAUCGUGCCCAAACUGCCCGGGUAUCCUCUCGGCUUCGCAUCUGUCUCGCCCGAGUACUGGAUCACCAGUCCCUCGCUCGUUCCCGUGACGGCAAACGACGUCCAGGUCAGCACUGGCGUCGUUGAUCUACAAGGGGAUGAAGGCCAACUUGGUGGGUCGGUGGCGGAUCAUUUAUGGUAUUUUAACGGCAUUUCAAACUGCAGUCUUUGAGACAAGGAACGUAGAAAAAGGGUGGCGACGGAAGCUAGAUACACAGUAAUAAUCACACUUGAUAGUCAAUCUUGGAUUCAAUUUCCAUCUCAC